AUCAAAACGAACAUAUCCUAACCCCCAUAAACAUGACACCAAUCCUAUCCCAGCGCCCGGUAAUCGCCAUCGCCGGCGCCACCGGCCACCUGGGCCAACACAUCGCAUCGGCCUUCCUAUCCACGCCCCUCCGCUCCAACUUCUCCGAAGUAAUCCUCCUCUCUCGCCAGGGCGCCAUGCCCGCCCAAUUCCUCGACUCCAAUCCCACCACCCACUUCGCCAUCCGCAAAUACAACGAGAAUGUCAACGACCUCGCUUCCGCCCUGCAGGGCGUGCACAUCCUCGUAAACGCCGUCGGACCGUCAGGCCACUCCUUCAAAGAGAAGCUGCUCCACGCGCUCCCACACACCGACGUCCAGGUUUACUUCCCCUCCGAGUUCGGCGUCGACCACUACGUGCAUGACUUUGCGCAUCUGGAGUGGGAUCAGAAGAAGAGGCAUCUGGCGCUGGCGAGGGAGUUGGUUCCGCGCGUGAAGGUGUGUCGGGUCUUUUGUGGGCUGUUUCUGGAGGAUAGUAUCGGGCCGUGGUUUGGGUUUGAUACGCAAAAUGGGAAGUAUGAGAGUGUGGGGUCAUCGGGGGAGCUGGUGUCGUUCACUUCGCUGGGUGAUGUAGGCAGGGCGGUGGCGGCGUUGUGCGCGUUGCCGACGGAGAGGGUGCCCGAGGUGGUUCAUCUGGCGGGUGAUACGCGGUCUGUUGCGGAGAUUGCAGAGAUUAUGAAAGAUGGAGGAGCGGGGAGCGUGGAGGUUACGGAGGUUGAGCUGCAGAGGUAUAAGGACGAGACGACUGCGGAGGCGUCGUGGGAUCCUGCGGCGUAUUUGCGGUUUUUGAUGGGGGAGGGUCGCAUCAAUCAUACUUCUAAGGGACUGGGGAAUGCGAAUGAGUUGGUCAAUCCGGGAGAGAAGCUGUGGGAGUGGAAGUCGUUGGGCGAUUUGGCAAAGGAAACGGGUGGGAGGCCGUGGAAGGAUUUCGCUUGGCCUCCGAAGUAAUGAAUUAAUGUUCAAUGUAGAUUGGGAAUAUGGAUUGUAAGCUGUUGCAUUGAUGUUAGGAGAAGUUGUUGUCUUGGAGGAAUAAUGUGAGGCAACAUGUCUGCAUAGCCA